AUGUUAAUGUCUAUAAAUAACUCGAAAAAAGACAAGCCAUUUGAAAACUUCCCGUUUUCCCAAUAUUUUAAAAAAUACCAAGAAAAUAUCAGUUUGAGCUUCCCAAAAUAUCUAGAAGCGUUGAAACAUACUGUUGGAGUAUACAUUUUGAACGGAAAUUGGACGAAUAGUUGGCCAGGAGACUACGAAGGAGCGGGUACGGUAUUCACUUAUCGGAAAGAAAACGGUAAUUCGGGAGAAUCCAUAUUUGCCUCAGGACCGCUAUCAGAGUCCGUAGACCUCAUUUUGGUGUUCAGGUACACGAAUCCCGGCAUCAAGUACGAAUACAAACUACCACUAGACGCCCCUGCACAGGACGAGUCGAUCACGCCACCGUUGAUCAGACACCAUUCGCACAUGUCUGCAUAUCAUCCAGGAAACUAUUUGCCGAUUGGCGACGAAGUAUAUGCGACCGAUAAAGGGUCGGAACUCGACAACGAAGACAAAACGAAAUUCAACCAGGACCAACCACACGGAACACCGUCGGAGUAUCAAGGAUUCAUUGGCGACGAAGCUGCAAAACCACGUAAUAAAGCCAGGAAAAARAAGUUUCUAUGGAAAUUGACCGGCUAUUCAGAAUGUACCAAGACUUGUGGUGGAGGUAACAAAACUUUCUGUUCAGAAACAUGUGGCACAGGUACUCAAACUAGAAAGGUUUAUUGUUCGCUAGGAAUUGAUCGCGAGAACGCAUGUGACCAAUCAAUAAAACCAGAAGCGAGCAGAGCUUGCCURAGUGACAAAGAUUGUAGUGGACUGUGGUUUACAGGACCUUGGUCGCAAUGUUCUGAAAUGUGUGGUUGGGGUAAUCAAACAAGAACUUCGGUUUGUAUGUCUUACGAUCAAAGAGAAUGGAAAGUUGUUCCUCAGAGCCAAUGUUCGGGUAAAGAAAAGCCGUCCACGACCAUGUCGUGUUUCACCGAAAACUGCAAUUCUAAUUGGUUCACUUCAGAGUGGCUACCGUGCUCGAGGUCGUGCGACUUGGGUGUUCAGAAACGAGAUGUCAAGUGUCUCAAUGAAGUAUUAAAACCAUCGUUAGAAUGURAUGAAUCGAACAAGCCACCAGCCAGACGUUCUUGUAGCUUAAGUCAAUGCGUCAAUAGUUAUUCAGCUGCAGUGUCAAGUGAAGAAAGUCGAAUCGAAAGGGAGAACAAGCCAAUAUCGACCAGUACCCAACAACCUUCRGAUCAAGAUGAUUCCAAGUGUGUGGACAUUCAACACAGAAAUUGUAAUUUUGUCGCCCAAGCCAGACUGUGCUCUUACAAGUAUUAUAAAAUUUCAUGUUGCAAUUCUUGUCGAAACAAAACAUAAAUUAAUCACAGUCAAAACACACUUACGUACAAUUUGAUUUUCAUUUUUAGACAUCAUMAACACUGCUAGUUAAUAAUAAUAUUUAUUAUUCGAUCAACGUGAAAA